AUGGACAUGUUCCUCAUGACCCGGCGCCACAAGAUCACCAUCUUCACGAACUCCACAGGGUCGAGCAUUAUUUUUGAGCUGAAGUGCAUCAUAGGGAGCAUCCUCAAGUGGCCACCCGAUGAGCAGCAUCUCUACAAAGAGAACCAGCUCCUGGACAAUGGCAAGAUGCUGGGUGAGUGUGGCUUCACUAGUCAGAUAGUGCAGCCACAGGCCCCAGCCAUGGUGGGACUGGCCUUCCAGGCAGAUAAAGCCUCCGGGGUCCUGCACAUAAAGCCCCUCUCCAGCUCACCUAAGCUACCAAACGUGAUGAAGCCCCAAGACUCAGGAAGCAAAACCAAUGAACAAGCUGUGCAGUGA